ACGGGGUGGCGACAUCAUGUCCUCUCCCAUCGCUGGGCGUCCAGGCUCGUCCUCAGACUUUUUGGCCCGCUGGAUACCGAGCAGCACCAGGGCUGGUGUGAUUCUGGACCCCGGGUCUCUACGAUACGACUCCCCAGGUACUGCAAUGUCCUCAGAGCCGGAAGACUUUGCCCCAAUGACCGCUUCGGUGGACAGCAGCUGCCUGGGCGUGCCCGGGGGAGACAUGGAGGCUGACAGGCCGGAGGAGACGUCCAACCGCUCGCAGGUUUCCGUUAUGAUGAAGCUGGACCAGCUGAGGAGAUGGCAGCAGCACUUGCAGGAGCAGCUCAAAGUGGACCAGCUGGACCAGCUCCUUCGCCUUCAAGAAGAGCAGCAGCAGAGGGCUCUGGGAGUUUCAGGCUCCAGUCCUGAGCCCAACCACUCUAGUCAACACCGGGGACUCCAAAAGAACCACCGCCAAGAGGGAGAAGCACGCGCGCGGCUCCAAAGCGGUCAAAAUGGCAUCGAAAGGCACAACGAAGAAGUUUUGUGUCCCGCAGACCCAAAGCAUGAUGAUGACCUUCCCAAACCAAGCACAAAUAGCCACAACACGCAGAACAGCGAAAGAAAAGAUCAUCACAUGCCACUAGACAGGCCGAUCCAGACAGGCAAGCAGACGUUUGAGGAGUUGUUGGAGGAGCAGCUGAAGUUGGAGAAGCAGAGGUUGAAUUAUACCCAGCAACCGCAGAAUCCAGAAGGAGGCCUGUCGGCGGCGCCCCCUAAAAGGACUUUUCUGAGGCGAGGUGAGGGCUUGUCUCGAUUUACCAACAAGGGCUCUCUUCCCAAAAAGGACUCAAACAAGGCUCGCAAACAGUCAAGCCAGGCCAGAGUCGAUGCCCACAACAACUGUGAGAAAGCGACCGUCCAGCGGCUUCCCGUCCAACGCAAAACCGCCACUUUGAACACAGACAACCGCCCGAGAGAAGAAAGGGACCGAAGGGUCGAGAUUAAAGAAACGCGGACCAAAUUGUUGGAAUGCCACCAGAGACAAAACACAGGCGGGGAGGUGAGAAGAAACAAGGUGGCGGAGGACAGUCGCCCUGCAACAAAGCAGGCUGGCGUGCAGGCGGAGUCGCCCGACGUCCCACGAGAAUCACCAGAUACGUCAUUGAUGGAAAAGCGCCGUUGGGAGUGCAAGCGCAAUCUGGAGAGCAUGGAGCUGGGAGAGUUUGAGCUACUGGAGCAAGCUGCAGAAGAGUUCUCCUUCUCAUCUAACUCCUCCUUCGUCAGCAAGAUUCUGGAGAUGGACCGCGAGAAGCGGAAGCUUCUUGGUGUGGCUGGGCUUCACCACAGACGACUCUCAUCCACACCCAUCAAGUCACCAGCGGCCAGAGAGCAAAAGCGCAGCCCCGAAAUUAACGUCGUGACGAGCCAUGACAACGAUGAAAUGGAGGUGGAGGACUCUUCAUCAAAGGCCAACACUGAUCUUAAAGAGCCCGAAAGGGCAGUCACGCCGUCCGGUUCCUCCCGCUGCAAUGAUUUCCCCGCCCCGUCGGAGCUGCCAUACGACAAGCGCUCUUACCAGGAUGACAACGACGACGAGAGCGAAGACACGCUCAGCAGUAUCGGCAACAACGAUGACAACGAAAGCGACUGCUCCACGCUGGAGGACGACAAAGACGCGGCAGCAGGCCAAGUAAUUUUUGACGACGACAACACGUGGAACGAAAUGGACGACACAGCGGUCGGCGUCGAACCCGUUCCCACGGAACCGACCCAUCCGGAGUCACAAGCUGCCACUACUCUGCCUCCUCCUCCAAAACUCAUGAUGAAACUGUUCCCUGCGCUCAAGCCAAAAACUCAAAAUGCAUUGCUUCCUCCGCCUGAAGUUAUCUCACCUUCGCCACCUCAAAAGGCAGACAACAAGGAAGGGCCGCAGAUACAGUCCACACAGUUGAGGGAGCGACUGGUGGAGCUGGAGAUCGAAAUUGAGCGGUUCAAGAAGGAGAACGCGGCGCUGGCCAAGCUCCAACAGGAGAACGAGAGGAACCGGGACAAACUCAGGAAGGAGCGGCUGGCGUGGGAGCAGCAGCGAGCUGAGCAGUUGGCUCAAUUUGAGGAGUACAAGAGGGAAGAAAGCGGCAAGCUCCUGCGAGAACGCAAACUUUUUGAGAAACACGCUUCAGCCGCCCGAGCAGUGCCCGACAAAAAGGAACGUGAGGAAAUACAGGCUCUGAAGCAGCAGCUCAGUUCCCUCCAGGAGGACCUGAGGAAGAAGGACAGUCGCUGGUCAGCCACUCAUCAUCGCCUCCGCCAGCAGAUCGAAUCGCUCCGACAGGAGAACAACGAGCUGAAAGACGAGGUGCGCAUGCUGGAAAAACUUCGUCUGAGCGCCUUGAAGAACUCCGUAGACGCUGGAAAAAACGUCAAACGUGCGCCUUCAGUUAGCAAAGGAGUCACAUUUGCCGAUCCCCUGGACUCUCGGAGUGUCAGCCCUUCACACGGCAGCACUGCAGCGCCCCCCAGAGGCAACGUCACUGAACAUGCGGGUAAAGGAAUGAAGAGCAGCUUGAAAAAGCCAGCCGAAUCCUCCACCUCCUCGUCACAUGAAGAAAUGUCAGAGGAAAAGCAAAUGACUGCCAAAGAGAAAUCUCCAAACGAACAACAUUCUGAGAGCUCCUCGCCCAUUGUAAGCGAGUCAAAUGAAGAAGAGAGAAGUGAGAAUCUGUUCUGUGAAUCUGUUCAGGAAGUUAUCACUCAUCCGGACGGCAAGGUGGAGAAGGUCCUAGCUGGUGGCGAUCGUGUCAUCGUGUACCCCAAUGGGACCACAAAGGAGGUGUCAUGUGACGGCGUGACAGUCAAAGUGACUUUCUUCAAUGGUGACACCAAAGAAGUGAUGGCUGACCACAGGGUGUUGUACUACUACGCUAACACCAGGACGACACACGUCACAUAUCCUGACGGCUUGGAGGUCCUGCACUUCCCCAACAACCAGACAGAGAAACACUUCCCAGACGGCCGUAAGGAAAUCACAUUUGCAGACCAGACAGUGAAAAUUCUCUUCCCAGACGGCAGUGAGGAGAGUGUCAUGAUGGACGGAACAGUCGUACAACUCAAAACGGACGGCACCAAGGAGAUCCAUUUCAACACGGGACAGAAGGAGGUGCACACGGCUGACUACAAAAGGCGAGAGUACCCCGACGGCACGGUCAAGACCGUCUACGCCGACGGACGGCAGGAGACGCGAUAUCCCGGAGGACGACUACGCGUCAAAGACAAGCACGGAAACGUGUUGACGGACGAGCGGCGCUAAACCUGCCACGCGUAUUGAUCUCGAUCAAAACCAGUCGCAAGGAAGCUUUCUAUUUAUUACCUCCGGUUUGGAAACCCACCUCGAAGCGUUACAGCUAUGGUGAUAAGAAAAAAUGUUCCCUCAGCACUAUGCUGACUUCUAAAAUGUGUGACUCUAAAAUUGCCAAAAAGCAAAGCCAUUAUUUUUGUAUUUGUACAUUUGUAUUUCUCUUUGUUUUAAACAAUUACCAUAAAUGAA